UGGAACAGUGGUAGCAGCGGUGGUGGUUCUGGCGGCGGGGCUAGAGGCACAGGACCGGUUGGUGCGUCCCCCGGACCCGGGGCCGUCGAGGACUGCCCCGGUCAACCUGGUGCACAGAGAAUGGAGUGGGAGGGGACCGAUUGUACCGAUCGUUUCUCCUUCGAGGACUCCGAUCGUUUCGAAGAGGACUCGUUAUGCAGCUGGAGCAGCGAGCCGGAGUCCCUGUGCAACAACUGGAGAGGAUGGAGAAAAUCGACCGCCGGUUUUGGUAUCUCCAAGAAGUCUGGCGAAGAUGGGCAAACAGUACCGACGCUAUGCGAGCUCGCGGCGCGUUGCGUGGCGUCGCAUAUACCGUUCGAGCUGGUGGAGCAUGUUUAUCCACCUGUCCCGGAACAGCUUCAGCUUAGGAUAGCGUUCUGGAGUUUCCCGGACAACGAGGAGGACAUCAGGCUGUAUUCAUGUCUGGCCAACGGGAACGCGGAUGAAUUUCAACGGGGCGAGCACUUUUUCCGACAGAGGCUCGUGAAACAUCCCUUACAGAUUGGUUUCCACCUGAGCGCCAGCGUGAACUCGCCAACGUUGAUGAGCAGCGUCAAAACGCAGUUUAACGUCGCGGUGACGUUCGACCGACGGAAGAUCACGUCCUGCACAUGCACUUGCUCGUCGAAGGCCUAUUGGUGCGCCCAUGUGGUCGGCGUGUGCCUUCACAGGAUACACAUGCCGACACAGGUGUGCCUAAGGGCGCCGGUCAGCGAGUCGUUGUCACGUUUGCACCGGGAACAACUGCAGAAGUUCGCCCAGUAUCUGAUCAGCGAGCUGCCGCAACAGAUACUGCCCACCGCCCAACGUCUUCUCGACGAGCUGUUAUCCGUGCAACCAAGCACAAUAAACAGCUACUGCGGCGCGCCGGAUCCAACGGCUGGUCCAUCCGCCCACGAUCAGACGUCCUGGUAUCUGGACGAGAAAACGCUACACGACAACAUCCAGAAGAUCCUGAUCAAGUUCUGCGUCCCUGCUCCGAUCGUCUUCAGCGACGUUAAUUACCUGAGCACCACCGCGCCACCGGCAGCUGCGGAAUGGUCCUCGUUGCUGCGCCCGUUACGGGGACGCGAACCAGAAGGGAUGUGGAAUCUGUUGUCGAUCGUACGAGAGAUGUUCAAACGUAACGAUCGCAACGCGAUACCGUUGCUGGAGAUUAUCACCGAGGAGUGUAUGGCGUGCGAGCAGAUACUGGUCUGGUGGUUCAACACGAAAGUCGCGUUGCUGAACGGGACCGGUUACGGUGGCAAGCACAACAUGAACAGCAACGUGCACGCAUCCCAGCACGCUUGUUCGUCCCUGUGCGACGAGAUCGUCGUGCUUUGGAGACUGGCCGCUUUGAAUCCCGGCCUGUCGCCGGCCGAGCGUGACAUGCUUCACAAUCGGUUCUCCGCCUGGCACAUGAAGAUCAUCGAUAAGGUGAGAAAGAGCCGGGGCAAUUCGGUGUCGCUCAAUUCACACAACAAGAACAACAGCGGCGGUCACAGGGACUCGUUGAAGAACGAUCUGACCGUUUUCACCGGGUUCAAGUCGGCCCUCGAGGCCUGCUACCUAGAUUGGGAGGAGUACACGUUGCCAGGUAUCACGUACACAGCCGGAAGCAAUCCCAUGUAUCAUUGUCCGUUCACCUGUUUCCGGCAUGUCGGGGAUACCAGGACCGAAGUGAAUCAGGUGAACUCGAGCGCAGCCGUGUUGAAUUGUCAGCCGCCAGUGUUGUCCCAUCAUCACGGUAGACGAACGUUGAAUCUCGGCCUGGUGGAGUUCAGUUACUUGGACCGAAGACGAUUGAAUGCAGGUGAUUUCGCGGGUUUGUUCAGGCGAAGCGGCGGCAGGGACGGGAACCGUAGCAGCGUCAGUUCGGAGGGUUUCUGCGAGAAUGAGACCGACAUGGCCGAUAUAACCGAGCCUCAAGUUGUUCUCGUCAGACGAUGUUGCGUUCAACUAAAUAAUUGCGGGGACACGGAUUCACAGGAGGGUGGUGGCAGCGAGUCGUCCUCCAACAGUAACGUCAGCAUGAAGAAUGCUCAAGAUUCGGAGAAGCACCGCUCAAACGCCUCGUCCGAUACUCAUAGUGAUAGUAGUGAUAGUAGUAAUAACAAAACUGCCACGGAUGUGAAGCGCGGCAGGACGAAUCUCGACUACCGUGAGAAAUCACGCGCGGCCCCGAAGCCGGGGAACAGCUCGAAGAACGAGCAGGAGUCCGAUAUGGAGAAGGACCCGUCCAGACGACCGUCGAAGGACGAGAGUUCGUCGUCUAGCAGCGACAGCCCGUCCGGCGACGAGUAUCACGUCUAUUAUUACGACCCGAAAGCCGUGGCUAGUACAAACGGCAACUCCGGCAAAGACUUCAAGAACGACCCGCAGGCGUCCGGCGCGCCAAACGCGAGCACGGUUCUGGGUAACUUAAUGAAGAUGGAGGACCCGUGGGACAUACUGUUCGCCAGGGCGGAAGGGCUUUACGCUCACGGACACACGCGACAGGCGUGUAUCCUCGGUGUGCAACUCGGCGAGGAAUUGUUAGCCAAUCCGCCGAAUCUCAUGAUCGACGAACCUCCUGUGCCUGUUAAAGGAAAGAAGAAAAAGCAACCAGUAAAUCCGGCGUCCCAUCAGCUCACGUGCCUUGCGUCGGCUACCUUGGCCAAGUGCUGUUUCCUCUGCACGGUUCUCGCGGAGAAUCCCGAGUAUCACAAUCUGGCGUUCCGAGUUGGUCUGUUCGGUUUAGAAAUGGCCAGGCCACCUGCUAACACGAAACCUCUCGAGGUAAAAUUGGCUCAUCAGGAAAGCGAACUGGUGGGCCACUUAAAGAGGAUCCCCCUAGGCCCAGCUGAGUUGGCCAUGGUCCGACAGAGAGCCGAGCAGCUCAGGGACGGUGUAUUGCGAUCCAGGGGACACGCGUUGCUUCCGAUCAUGCUAGCCAGCUUUAUAUUCGACGCCCUGAACACACCAAGAAUAAAACACCUGCCCACAGACGUUGACGAGAAUCUCGGAUUCGACGCGGCUGUCACCGCCCUCGGGCUGAAAGCGAACGUUAGCGAGGCUGAUCAUCCGCUUCUUUGCGAGGGCACACGACGUCAAAGAGGGGAUCUGGCUAUCACGUUGCUGGUCCAUUAUAAGGACGAGCCCACCAAAGUGGCCAGAAUUAUGGACAAGCUAUUGGACCGGGAUGUUCAUCAGCUGAUCAAGUCACCGAUUCUGCCUAGCUACUAUACCUCGAAUCCGCCAACCAAGAGCGAGAUGGUCAGGUAUCAUCACGACGAAGAAUGCUCUUCUCCUCUGGUCGGAACGGAUGUUGGUAACGGUGAUAGUGUUGUCGGUACUAGUAGCAGACCACACAGUAGCACCAGCGCGGAACUGAAAACCGGAAUGAGUGCGCUCACGGUGCCUCCGCCGAUUGUUCAACAAACUGUGCCUACUAGGACUAAAGAGACGAGAUACAAAAGUAAAAGGGUUUAUCCAUCCAUUCCCAAUCAACCAUCCGAGGCGGGAGCUCACUUCAUGUGCGAGUUAGCGAAGACGGUUCUGGCGAAAGCAGGCGGGAACAGUUCAACGUCGUUGUUUACCCAGGCGUCCACCAGCCAGAAUCAUCACGGUCCACACAGAGCCCUGCACAUGUGCGCAUUUCAGCUGGGCUUAUACGCGCUCGGGUUGCACAAUUGCGUGACACCGAACUGGCUCAGCCGUACGUAUUCAAGCCACGUCUCUUGGAUAACCGGUCAGGCGGUGGAAAUCGGAGCGCCAGCGAUUUGGUUCCUUAUCGAGAGCUGGGAGGCACACUUAACGCCACCGGAAGCAGUCAGCAUAGCGGACAAGUCGUCGAGAGGAAGCGAUCCAAACAUGGUCAGAGCGGCCGCGGAACUUGCAUUGUGCUGUUUACCGCACGCUCACGCGUUGAAUCCGAAUGAGGUUCAGAGAGCAAUGUUACAGUGUAAGGAACAAAGCGAGAUGAUGUUAGAGAAGGCUUGCAUCACCGUGGAGAAUACUGCGAAAGGUGGUGGCGUUUAUCCGGAAGUGCUUUUCCAAGUGGCCAAGUAUUGGUAUGAAUUAUAUCUCAGGCACACACCUGGUGGAGAACAACAAGACGAUAUGCCACACGAUCCAUUACAGUUGGAUCUGAACGGAGUGUUCAUGGUGGAGCCUGGACCGCCAGUGGACAUGACGACGGGGCAAAUGAUGCCAGGACCGGCUCAAGCUGUCGUUGUGAUGCAGAAUCUUAACAUUUUUAUGAAUUAUGUGCUUCAUUUGCCGGUUACAGGAGUUCGUAUGCCGUACGCAAUGGGUCCUUACAGUUUCGUACAUCCCUAUCAACCCAUCCCAACGUUCGGUGGACCGAUGCCAUCGCAUAGGGUAACUCUACCGCCAGCACCACCGCACAUGCAAAUGUAUCACGCGGCAUUCCCCCGUCAUCCGGGACAUCCGCAGCAUCCUCAACAUCCGCACCACCCGCCGCAGUCCGCGCAACCACCAACGCUACCGCAAUACUAUACACCGCGACAACCACCACCGCCGGAAACUCAUCAUUUAUUCACUAUGCAACAACCUAUGCCGGUUAACGUGCAACCAGGUGUAACCGGGCCAAUUCCUGGACAGAGUAAUAUGCCUGGAUCGGCAAUGGUUCAAGCGCAGCCUAUGAUAUCGACCGUGAGGGCUCAGCCUCAGGUUCAUAGACAAACACAACCGUUCAGUCAACAACAGGUUCGAGCUCUGGUCGCUGCCUAUCGCGUGGGUAUGCUAGCUUUAGAGACUCUAGCCCGGAGAGUACACGACGACAGACCACAAGCAAAGUACGCGCGAAAUCCACCGUACGGAGAGGACGUUAAAUGGCUGUUAAGAGUCUCGAAACGCCUCGGUACACAGUAUCUCCAUCAGCUUUGUAUCUGCACCGUGAACAGCAUCGUGAGCCCAUUCGUUCUUCACGAUGUCGUAUUGGAAACGGCGCAAUAUUUAGCCAGAAACAAUCCGGCCCUUGUGCUUCAACAUUUGAGAUCUAGUCUUCUCGCGCCCCUUGUUCACAAGUGCCAACAAAUGUACAUCCAGUGCAUGCAUCAGAAGCUGUAUCACUUAGUCGUUGGGGAUUACGAAGAAUUUGCUAACAUCGUAUGCGCGGCUAGGGCGGCGUUUCACAUUACUCCGGAUGGACACGUUCAGUUCAAGGACUGGCUGCAGUCUAUUAAAAGAUCUCAGUCCUGUAACAAAGAUCUGUGGGCACAAAUCAACGCGGCGUUACAGCAGAAUGGCAAAUGACACAGAGCGGAGCCAGGCGUGACGUGGCUCAGCACCCUUCCUCAUCCACCACCACCACCACCGCCACCUCCUCCACCGACGACGACGACAACCCUCGUGCUUCAGCAUCAGCAUCCCUGUCAUUCUCAUCCACAGAGCGUUGUGUGCGUUCACGGGCUGGCUACCGUCGACAAGCUAGAUCAGGAUAUCCAUAAUGACGUGCAUCAUCGACGUACGACCGUCGCGUCGUCAGCGGGGUCGAUCUCGAACGACCAUCGGACCAUCAGGGCUAGGGACGGCCGAUAAUCGCCUCGCCGAAUUCACAAAUGCGGAAGCGGGGAGAGGAGAGAUCGAUCCCACUGGCGGGCACAGCCCACGCGUAAUUCUCACUUCGGUUGAUAUGUGUCUGAAAGAAAGAAAGAAAGAAAGAAAGAAAGGAAAAAAAAACAGAAAAUGACUCACUACUAUAACUUGUGUAAUUAAAGCGAAUGCCGUGUGAAUGACAGAUAAAAAAGAAAGGCAAACAGAGAAAAGCAGGAAAAAAGAAGCGUCGUCAGGUUUCACAAUUUACACUUCCAUCGUUCACCCGACCGUAUCCAGGAAGAUCGAAAGAGAGGAGAGAUGCGAUAUAAACGGAUAGUAUAUGUAUUGUAGACGCGUCGUUGCGUACGUCGACCCGCUGAAGGCACCAUCUUCUUUUCUUUUCGCAUAAUAGAGAACGGAUAAUAUACAUAUAUACACACGCGUAC